UCCUGCAGUGUCAUCGAUCUUAUUGGCCUCCAUCAUGGCUCGAGUGUUUCGUUGUUCCUCGCCUUGGAAUUCCGUGCCACUUCCCCGUUCGGAGUUGGAAGAAGGCCAGCCUUUCUUCACAAUGGCACCGUACUGGAAGACACGAGAAUGGCAGCCGUGGGCGACAGGCUCAAAGAGUCGAAGUCGCACCUGGCUUGAGAAGGAUGAGAAGGAUAAGGCUGAAGCUGAGGAUGACAAAGAGCCGUGCACCGAGGAGGAUCUCUACGUGGCCGUCCAGGCGCUCUAUCUUGACGAGGUCUAUCCGCAGGAUGUCAUGCUUCAAUGGAUGCUGAGCGGCUACAAAGAUGUCACCGUGGAGGAGAUUCAACGUGUGGCAGACAAAAGCGCAACGUUGCAGGUGGAGCACGGGUCUUCGAACAGGAAGGGCUUUGCCGUCCUCCUGGCCGAUCCGCCCAUGGGCUUUCGGGGCUUCGACGAGGGGGCCGAACAGGUGCCCUUGGACCUGUUUGAGGAAGCUGUGAUGUUGGUGUUGGGUGGUGGAUGGCCAAAGCCUGACCGAUCCAGUCACGAUCGGAUCUCUAUCGCAGCUUGGCUUCAUCAACGCGAGCCGCUGCAGAAGUUGACUCUGGGAAAGUGCCUGUCAAUUGUGAACCUGCUUCUAGCAAGCCACAGCGUCAUUGGAAAGCGCCAGGGGCGCUUGGUGCCUUACUUCGUCUCGGAGGAGUAUGAGAAGCAAGAGAAUGCCCGACACCUGUUGCCCACAAGCCUCCGCGAAGAUGAAGUCUGGGUGGAUUCAUGGGAUGACCUCAUCAGCUUCAUGGAGCUCUUGCUUCAGGACAAUGGUGGCAAGAUGAUGUCAGCAAGGCUGAAAGUGGAGAUCCGCACACGUUUCCAGGUGGAGCUCAGUGAGACAGCCUUGGGCUACACCAGCCUGGGCGCUUUGCUGGAGGAUCAGAGGAUCCAGCAUCACUUCGAGGUGCGCAAGAGCCCACCGGCGGCUGACUUGAUUCUUCUCCGACAAUGGAAGGUCUCCGGGUCAUCUGCAGGUGAACGGAUCUUGGCGCAGCUUCAGAACUCGACUGGUCCUGAGUCCUGCGGUGCCUAUGCCACUCCCAUCAAGCAGGCCUCUCAGUUGCCAUCGUUGCCUUUGCCACACUGGGAGAUAGUGAGUCGGACCUUUAUGCCUGGCAGCGAGGAGCCGUCCACGCAGGUGCGGUUGCCGGAGGAGCCAACUGUCAUGGAGGUUUGAAGCCAGCUCCACAGUGUCUGACGAAAAGGAGGUCAGCAAACAUUUCUUGACGCAAGCACGUCUCUGAGUAUGUCCUGCGACCCCAUGGACUCGGAUUUUGAGUUGGUGCUCGAGACUUGCUGGCCAAUCGCAAC